CAACGGCUUCCAGUGAAAAUAGACAGUGCAUGCCGACGACUUUUCACUUCUAGCUGCUGUCAAUGGCCUUCUGCAAUCUCAUACCUGCAACUACCCUCCUUCGCCUAAAGCUCUCUGCUUUACAGUCAAUCUCAUUGGAAAAACCUAAACCUAAGUUACCCUCUUACUUUUCUUCUGGAAAAUGGCUCCUUCGCUGUUCUUUAUCGCCUUCCACGUCUUCCUCUGUGCCGUCAUUUUGUUGCAGAGCAAGCAUGGCGGAGGCUCCUGCUGAGCUUCUAACGCUUCGAGAUAUAUGUGGAGGAAAAGUGCCGGAACAUAUUCUGAAGAGGGCUGAAGAAAUUGGAUAUGUCAUGCCUACUGAUGUUCAACGACAAUCUUUACCAGUUUUGCUAUGUGGACAAGACUGCGUGCUUCAUGCUCAAACAGGCUCAGGCAAAACACUGGCAUACCUUUUGCUGAUAUAUUCUGUUAUUAAGUUUCAAAGAUCUGCAGUACAGGCUUUGAUAGUCGUUCCGACUAGAGAACUUGGAAUGCAAGUUACGAAGAUUGCGAGGGUGCUCGCUGCAAAAUCUGUAGAAUCUGAUAAUAUACCGAGGAAUUAUACAGUAAUGUCUCUUUUAGAUGGUGGGAUGUUGAGAAGGCAUAAAACUUGGUUGAAGGCUGAACCUCCAGAUAUAGUGGUUGCAACUAUAGGCAGCUUGAUUCAAAUGCUUGAAAGAAAUGUUUUCAAACUUGAAGCUGUGAGAGUUCUUGUAGUUGAUGAGGUCGAUUUUAUGUUCAAUUCAUCAAAGCAAGUGUACUCUCUUCGAAAACUAUUAACAACUCACUCUUCAAUCGAAAGGCGCCAAACAGUUUUUGCUAGUGCCUCUAUUCCCCAACACAAUCGGUUUAUUUACGAUUGUGUCCAGCAUAAGUGGACCAAGAAUGAUGUUGUCCACAUCCAUGUAAACCCUAUUGAACCGAUGCCUUCCCAUUUGCACCAUAGAUUUGUGAUUUGUGGUAAAAAGGAAAGAUUGAGUGUUCUACUACACCUCCUUCUGAAGGAUGCCCCAAGGUCUGGCAUUAUUUUUGUUUCAGAGCAGUCAGAGAAAUCUAAAAAGGCUGGUAAACCUCCUUCUGCAACUCUUCUUGUUGAUUUUCUAAAGGCUUCUUAUGAUGGAGAUCUUGAUACUAUUUUAUUUGAAGAAGACAUGAAUUUCAAUGCCAGAGCAACCUUGCUCUCUGAUAUCAGGCAAAGAGGUUUCCUUCUAGUGGCGACUGAUUUGGCGAGCAGAGGCUUUGACCUUCCUCAAAUAACACACAUAUAUAACUUCGACCUCCCGAGAACUGCGGUUGACUAUCUCCAUAGAUCUGGGAGGACUGCGAGGUUGCCGUUCUCCACCGACCGGUGUUUUGUGACGAGUUUUAUCACAUCUGAGGAACAAUUUGUGCUUCAGAGAUUUCAGAAUGAGUUAUUGUUUCAGUGUGAAGAGCUUGUUUUGGAUUCUUUUGCUCUGUAGACGAAGGGUGUAUUGCUAUUGUAUGGUUACUUCUAAUGUGAUAUUCAUCAGUAAGUCAACCUCA